CAUGUAGGAGUGACUCUGGCCGGAGAGCAGUACAUUGGGAAGAUGUGUAUGAGGGAAGACCUUUCAUUUGAAAAGCGGGAGUUGUUUCGGUUAACUUUGUGAAGAAGUAAGACAAUGCGAUAGUCCUACUCUACUGAAGAGCCAGUCGGGGAACUCAGAGUAACUUAACGCGACGACAAGACAAGAGGAGCGACGUGACAAACAGCAGAGAUGGCGGAGGGAAAGAAAGUGACCUUCCAGCUGAUGCUGGCCGUGGGAGCCGCUGUGAUUGGCUCUCUCCAGUUCGGCUACAACACCGGCGUCAUCAACGCCCCUCAGAAGGUGAUCGAGAACUUCAUCAACGAGACCUGGUCGGAACGGAACGAGCAGCCCAUCGACCAGACCACCCUCACCACCAUCUGGUCGGUGUCCGUCGCCAUCUUCUCCGUCGGGGGCAUCUUCGGGUCCUUCUCAGUCGGCCUGUUCGUCAACCGCUUCGGGAGGAAGAACUCCAUGCUGAUGGCCAACAUCCUAGCCUUCGCCUCGGCCGCGCUGAUGGGCUUCUCCCAGAUGGCCAAGUCGUACGAGAUGCUGAUCAUCGGGCGCUUCGUGGUGGGGCUCUACUCCGGCCUCUCCACCGGCUUCGUGCCCAUGUACGUGGGCGAGGUGGCCCCCACAGCCCUGCGGGGGGCGCUGGGCACGCUGCACCAGCUGGGCAUCGUCGUGGGGAUCCUCAUGGCUCAGGUGUUUGGUAUCGAGUCCUUCAUGGGGAACAAGGCCCUCUGGCCCCUCCUGUUGGGGUUCACCUUCUUCCCGGCCGUGGUACAGUGUGCCAUCCUCCCCUUCUGUCCGGAGAGCCCCCGCUUCCUGCUGCUCAACAAGAACGAGGAGAACAAGGCCAAGAGCGUGCUGAAGAAGCUCCGGGGGUCCGCGGACGUGAGCGCCGACAUGCAGGAGAUGAAGAGCGAGCACCGGCAGAUGAUGAGGGAGAAGAAGGUGACCAUCCCCGAGCUGUUCCGCUCGCCGCUGUACCGCCAGCCCAUCUUCAUCGCCAUCGUGCUGCAGCUGUCCCAGCAGCUGUCGGGCAUCAACGCCGUCUUCUACUACUCCACCAGUAUCUUUGAGAAGGCGGGCGUGGCCCAGCCCGUCUACGCCACCAUCGGCGCCGGCGUGGUGAACACCGCCUUCACAGUGGUCUCGCUGUUCGUGGUGGAGCGUGCUGGGCGCCGCUCGCUGCACAUGAUCGGCCUGGCGGGCAUGGCCUUCUCCGCCGUCCUGAUGACCAUCGCCCUCUCCCUGCUGGAGAAGCUGCCGUGGAUGUCGUACGUCAGCAUCGUGGCCAUCUUCGGCUUCGUGGCGUUCUUCGAGAUAGGCCCGGGGCCCAUCCCCUGGUUCAUCGUGGCCGAGCUCUUCUCCCAGGGGCCGCGGCCCUCCGCCUUCGCCGUGGCCGGCUUCUCCAACUGGACGGCCAACUUCAUCGUGGGAAUGGGCUUCCAGUAUGUCGAGAUGGUGUGCGGGCCCUACGUCUUCAUCAUCUUCACGGUGCUGCUGCUCUUCUUCCUCGUCUUCACAUACUUCAAGGUCCCGGAGACGCGCGGCCGCACCUUCGACGAGAUCUCCUCGGGCUUCCGGCAGAGCGCCGGGGGGGAGAAGCACUCCCCCGAGGAGCUGGCCCACAGCCUGGGCGACUCCCAGCUCUGAGACCCCCCCUCCCCCCCAAGCCCCCCCCCCCCCCCCCUCCUUAAACCCUAUAAACGGUCCAGGCCAACGCCGCCCCGCGGGGGGGGGGGGGUAGAGGCUACACUGGUUACUGACGUCACUGUCCCUGUCGGCCCCGCCCCACGCAGCAUCCUCACCCGUCUAGGGAGGGAGGGAGGGAGGGAGGGGGAGACGCCUCCCGUCCUCCUCUCCUCUCAUCCCCGUCUUCGCCGCGGCAACACAGAACUCAUGGGCGUGUGUGUGUGUCACAAGUGGGCGUUGACGAUGUCGAAAGAAGGAAGAUUUUCAAGAUUUUAAACGACUCUUGUGUGCGGCUUUCAACUCUUCUGCUGUAUUUUAAUGUGUAACCAUCUUCGGAUGCCUGUUUUUUUAAUCUCUUUUCGAAAUAAUCGAAAUAGGAGAUUCAUUUUAAACUCUUUUAUUUUCAUUUUAUUUGCAUUCUGUACUUUCCGGAGCCGUUGUGGCAGCGCGGCUGUCGCCUUGAGGAACCGUUCUUCCGUUUAUGUCUUUGUUUCGUUUCUCUCCACCAGGGGGAGCUAGAGUCUUGGUUUUGUUUGGCUUCUCCAUCAGUCACGUAAGUCCCUCAAAGAGGGGUGUGUGUGUCCGUGCGUAUGUGUGUGUGUCUGUCUGCUAUACAGAAAAUAUUCUACAUCACUGUUCCUUUUUAAACAUUAGAGCAAACUUCAGGAGAAAUGACAUAAUGAUUUGAAGAGCAGCUGAGAACAGCCAGAAGACAGAACCGUUAGUGUACAUUAACAGACACUCUGUGAUGCGGACAUGCGGUUCAGUUCCCUUCGCUCUCCACAGAAACGUAGGGGAAAAAAUAUUGAUUUGAUGUUGCAAGAAAGUUUUUCAUACAAGCAAAAAGAAUUCACCUAUAAAGACGAUACAAGAUGGCCAAAUUUGCAGAUUGGUGUAUCAACGUGAUGGAUUAGAUUGAGUGAGGGCACCACGUGUGUGUGUGUGUCCUUGUUUAAGGUCAGUGAGUGAGGCCUUGAACGCAACACCAAAACUCAGUGCCAGGGGUUUAGUUUGUGAGUUUGUAAGUUCCCAUUCCAAAUGACUGUAAAGUGCCUUUCAAAUGGUUCAACUCUGAACCAUGGUGCCUUGAAAGUGGUUUGAGGUUUGACUUACUGAGGCCUUCACAGACGUACCUGAGGGCAGGUGUUGGAGCAGCCGGAGUAAAGAGGGAGAGUAGAACGCUCAUAGAAAGGGACCAAAGUUAAAGGAGACAUAUCAUACCACCAGGUGUGGUCAGCCUAGAUCUGUGCUGGAUAGAUCAGUCGACCAGCCUACGCAGUGGACUGAAGUAAACGUUGCUCAUCUAUCCAGCACAGAUCUAGGUGGACACGCCCACUAGUGAUGUCACAUGGGGCAGAUUUUCAAAACGGCUUGUAAGGCUAAUCACACUCACACCUGGUGGUAUAAUAUGUCCCCUUUAAGUGCACUGUCUUCCCCAUUAGUGCUCAAAAACCAGGACGUGCCUUCAAGACAUGUCAGCUCUCAGAACCAGCAUUCGGUGGCCCGAUUGACCAUUACUGUGUGUGUGUGUGUGUGUGUGUGUGUGUGUGUGUGUGUGUGUGUGUGUGUGUGUGUGUGUGUGUGUGUGUGUGUGUGUGUGUGUGUGUGUGUGUGUGUGUGUGUGUGUGUGUGUGUGUGUGUGUUUGUAAUUGUGUGUGUGUGGGGGGUACUGUGAGGUGAGGUACCAUCGGAGACUGCUGUAGAGACUUAAGUCUAUUUUAUUGUAGAGGGCAGCACUUUAAAUCUGACAUGUUACUUAUAGGAGACUGAAGUACUGAUGAGUUACUCAUCAUAACCGAUGAGUUGUAUGAAAACAGGUUUGACUUUGUUAUAUAUAUAUAUAUAUAUAUAUAUAUAUAAUUUUAACACUAAGGAAAGUCACAUUAAUCCACCCACGCCCAUAUGUUUUGAAAUUCACUGUAUCCAUUCCGUGCCGCAGCAUCACUGUAUGUACAGGGUAUGUAUUAAUGUCUCUUUUGCGUUACUUGUCUAGGAGAAGCACUGUAACAUCCAUUCUCAUUCAACAAUACAUUUAUCGGCGGCCCCUUACAUGAAAAACCGGAGCCUUUACAAAUAUAGACUGAAAUCUACUGCAAAUAACUAAACCGUAAUUUACUGUGUAUGUAAAUAAUUUAUAGAAAUGGGUUGGGGCAUUUAAUUAGCUGAUUUGAUUCUAAAUUAGCACAACAACCUUUUUAAAAUGUGAUCAUAACAGCAAGGGUAUGAUUUUUAAUAAGUCCACCAGAUGUAAAUAGAGUAUAGACCCUGAAAUGUAAGUAUUUUAACAUAGUUUUUUUUAGAAUUUAUUUUUAGAUACAUUAAAUAUAUUACACAGCUGUAGCAAACACUUUAGGACACAAUCUGGAAAAUGCCUUGUACAUUUUCCGGAUCUUUUUGGCCAACACAGAUUUUUAAGCACACACACAAAUUGCUACUUAGAAACCUUUGAGUUAUUUGUUCCUAUUGUAGAGCAAAGAAUGGUUACACAAAGUGCCCGUACUUCCAUGUGGUGAGACAGAGUUUAUGAGGUCAUGUUGGAGGUAAUGGACGUCUGAAUAAAGAAUCGAUGCCUACAGUCA